CGUCAGUUCAGUCUCGCUAGAAGAGCGAUAAACACAGCUUUAUCAAACCUUGCGAAUAAAUUGCAAAGUCCAACUCGAAACGUGUAACGGUACAAUAAGAAUACAAACACGCCAGGGAGAAAGCGUCGAUCGGUGAAAGCAAGCAACGCCAGUGUGAACCCCGCGUCGCGACGAACGGACGAAAUAACCUCAAAAUGUCGCUCGCGAUCAUAUCCGCGGUCAUCGCUACAAGUGCCUGCGUUUAUUGGUACAUGAACCGACACAAACCGAUAAAGCACAUUUUAUGGGAGCUCCGCUACAAUUUGGACAUGCAGGGCGCGGGCUUCGGCGGCCUUAUCGACGACUGGGUUAAUAUGACAAGGAACAAAAUAGUGUUGCCAGACGCAGAUAAGAGAAUCGCCGUGAUAACAGGCGGAGCGCGCGGCAUAGGCACUGAAGUCGUCCGUGGAUUAUUGAAAGCGAACAUGAUCGUGAUUAUGGGAAUUAGAAAACCUGAAUUAGCGAAAAAACUGGCGGAACAAUUCGAAAAUGGGGAAAAUUUGCACGCAUUCCAAUUGGAUUUAUUAUCUCUAAAAUCAGUGAAAGAUUUUGCUGAUGCAGUUUUCAGGAAGUUCCCUGAGAUUCAUAUUUUGGUAAAUAACGCUGGCAUAAUGUUUGGAGAUUAUAAACUGACGGAAGACGGCUUGGAGACCCAGUUAGCUGUCAAUCAUCUUGGACAUUUUUAUUUGACACAUCUAUUGUUGCCAGCCCUGAAAAAGGGCGGGAAUGUUGGGGAAUGCUCAAGAGUAGUAAAUGUGUCAUCCUGCGCCCAUUAUCCGGGGAAGAUAUACUUUGAGGACAUAAAUUCGGAACACUAUUAUGACACAUCAGCUGCCUACUCACAGUCAAAACUGGCACAGUUGAUGUCAGCAAGGUAUAUUAACAAGAUUUUAGAAGAAAACGGCGACAGAGUAAGAUGCUACUCCGUACACCCUGGGAUAGUGGACACAGAUUUGUUCAACGGCACCUUGUUUAGGAGAGUAUUUCCAUGGGCGAUGAAAUUAUUCUUCAAAAGCCCGGAAAAAGGAGCGGUAUCUAUUCUACAUGCGUGUUUCAACAAAGACUUGGAGAAGAAAGGGGGUUUAUACAUCAGCAAUUGUGUUGAAGGCAUUAGUAACAAGUUCUCCAAAAAUGUGGACCAUCAGAAAAAACUGUUUGAAAUGUCUUGUGACCUAGUCAAAAUAGAUAAAGAUAGUUUUGGUAUGGCAUAAAUGUCAUUAAUUAAGUUUUU